CACUCCGAGCUCCCAGCCACCCAACAUAUAAUCCCUUUCUUUCCCUCCUCCCACAUCAUCACGACCCAUUCGCGUCGCGAACAGCUCAAUUACUCAAGUACAAUGCCUCCCAAAGCAGCUUCCCGCGCCUCGAGCGCACAACCUAAAAAGGCCGAACCGACAAAAACCAAUGGUCGAGCGCGCACAACCAAAAGCAAGACGCCAGCUGCAGAAGCCAAAGCCGAUGCUGCCAAAACCGAACAACCUGCUCCAAAGGGUCGCGCAAAGAAGAGCCAAGAGCCAACAAUGAACGGCACGACCACCAAGUCCAAGUCCAAGUCCGCUGAGCCUGCGAAACCUGCCGCACGAGGAGCCCGUGCUAAGAAGACAGCGACACCCGCUGCCGAGCCCAAACCUGUCGCGAAAGCUGCACGCAAACGCAAGCUUGAUGAACAAAGCGAGGAAGAAGACGAAGCUGAGUCGGAGUCCGAAGCCGCGCCUGCCGCAAAGAAGGUCAAGACCAAGGCCACAGCGGCAAAGCCGAAGCCUGUCAAAGCGACCAAGCCAAAGCCAGUGAAGGCACCUGCAGCUCCCAAGGUUGAACUUCCCAAGGGUCCUCGUCGUGUUCGAGGCAAGAAGACCGAGAUCAAUCCUCUACGAUACACCGAGCCGUUGAAAGUGUUUGUGUUUGGUGAGGGAAGCUCUGGUGAGCUUGGCCUGGGUGCUACCAAGAAGGCCAUCGACGUGAAGCGACCCCGAUUCAACGAGAUGCUUACGAACAUGAACGUCGUCAAGAUUGCGACUGGUGGCAUGCAUGUGGUCGCCCUGACCAAGGAUAACAAGAUCCUGACUUGGGGUGUCAAUGACAAUGCGGCUCUAGGCCGAGACACUUCGGGCGGCAACGUCAAGAUGAGGGAUAUGGACGCCGCCGAAGGUUCUGAUUCCGAUUCCGAUGAUGAGACUGGUGGUCUGAACGACCUUGAAGCCACCCCAACUGCUAUUGAUGCCAAACACUUCCCCGAGGAUACCGUGUUUGUCGAUAUUGCGGCCGGUGACAGCUGCUCUUUCGCACUCACCACCGAGGGUGCAGUCUAUGGAUGGGGAACUUUCCGCAAAAACGAAGGCAUCCUAGGCUUCGGGCGCGACAUCAACACUGCGAAAUUUCCAGUAUACAUUGAUGGAGUGACCAAAGUCACCCAACUUGCCUGCGGAACGAACCAUGUUGUUGUGCUGGACAAGGACCACCGAGUCUACGCAUGGGGCAAUGGGCAGCAGAACCAGCUUGGCCGUCGUGUCACUGAGCGCACCCUGAUUGAAUCUCUUCAGCCCAAUCGUAUCGGUUUCCACGACAGCUCUGUCAAGCGUCCGAGCCAGAAGAUCUCCAAGAUCGCAUGUGGUGACUACCACGGUCUAGCGAUCGCUGAAGACGGUCACGUUUGGUCUUGGGGCGCCAACAAUUACUGCGAGACUGGACACCCAGAGGAGGCCGGGGAAGACAACGCCAGCGUUCUCACCCCACGUAUCAUCCACAGCCUCGAAGGCAAGAAGGUCGUCUCCGUCGAAGGCGGUUCCCACCACAACAUUGCCCUGACUUCAGGCGGCGAGCUUCUCGUUUGGGGCCGCUGCGACGGCUCCCAGACCGGUAUUCCCGCUAGUCAACUCAACGCCAUCGACGACAGCGAGAAAGUUCUCAAGAGCAACGACAAGGCCAAAAUUCUCAUCGAGCCCACCGCUGUUCCAGGCCUCAGUGAUAUUGUUACCGGCACUGUCGGUCCUGAGCAUACUAUUGUCAUCAACAAGGACGGCAAAGCAUAUUCAUGGGGCUUUUCCGCCAACUAUCAGACCGGACAGGGCACCGACGACGAUGUCGACACCCCUACUUUGAUCGACAAUACUGCUGUUAGAGACACCAAGCUUGUGUGGGCCGGCGCCGGUGGCCAAUACUCGAUUGUCGCCAGCAACAAGUAG